UAACAAAUUGUCAAUUAAAUAGAAAAUAAUAAUAAUUUUUCUAAACUAUUUAUGAAUUGAAUUUCAAAUAAAACCGCGAGUUUUCAUUCUUAUUUACUGCCGAAUCGCAUGCGAAUCAUUUUCGAACAAAAACCAAACACAAAAAUAUUGAGGUCGUUCUCAGGUUGUAUUAAUUAUAUCUAUUGUUCUACAGAUGUUUUGAUAAUGGAUAACGAUAUAAAUGAAAGUGUUAAAAUUGAAGCUACUGAAGCUCAAAAGAAAACGGAAAAUAUAACAGCAGAGCCAAAACCUGUGCAUCACAGAGAAAGAAAGCAUGUAAAAGAUGAAAAACCGAAGAAAAAGGAGGAACGAGGUGUUGAGCAAGUGUUAAAAAGUUUGGUCAGCAUUGAAAAUGCUGACGAAAAAUUAUCGGCAAUGUGUAAAAAAUAUUCUGAAGUCAUUGAUGAAAAUCGUAAAUUACAAUUGUCAUUAAAGCAAUCGGAGAAAAAAGUUCAAAUGAUACAACGCGAGAAAGAUCAAUUACAAACAGAGCGUAGCAAAGCUGUUUUAACAAGAAGUCGACUUGAAAGUUUAUGUCGUGAAUUACAACGACAAAAUAAAGCCGUAAAAGAAGAGAGUUUACUUAAACUUCGCGAAGAAGAGGAAAAACGUAAGGAAGUAUCGGCCAAAUUUCAAAGUACCCUGGGCGAACUUACUGCUCUUAUGAGUCAAAAUAAUGAAAAAAAUACCAAACUUUACGAAGACAAUAUGGAAAUGAGUAAAAAUUUUAAAUCCCUCUGUGAACAAGUUGAAUUGAGAGAACAGCAAUUUGAAAAAAUUCAUCAACAAAUGCAAUUGGAAAUUCAAUUGGCCGAAGCGAAAUUAGCUAAAGUCACGUUGGAAAUGACAUCGGAGAAAGAAGCACUCUUGAAUGAGAAAAAACAACUUUUGGCAAAAUUAGCCGAAUAUCAAUUGAGACUGAAAGAAAUGCAGGCCCAGGAAGUGGGACUCAGAAGUCAAAUAAGCAUGUACACUGACAAAUACGACGAAUUUCAAAAUGCUUUAACAAAAAGCAAUCAAGUAUUUGGCGGAUUCAAUGAGGAAAUGGAGAAAAUGUCAAAGAAAAUUUACAAACUCGAAAAAGAAACAGGAUUAUGGAAACAGCGUUGGGAGAAGAGUCAUCAAGCUCUACUUGAAAUGGCCGCCGAUAAACAAACUCGAGACGCUGAAAUUGAGGGUCUCAAUAAAAAACGAUUACUUCUUUUAGAAUUGUGUAAAGCUUUUCAACAGGAGCGAACAACACUCAUUAUGCAAUUAAAGGAGAAAACUGUCGAAUCAAAUUCCAUUCAAACUGACAAUGUUAAAUCAAUUGAACAAAUUGAAAAUUUCACAAAAGUCUCAGAAAAAUUGGGUGAUAAUUUAUCACAAGCGCAAGAAUCAUUAAUGCAAGAUAUUGCCGCCCAAGAGGCAAAGCGAACAAAUCAAAAAACUGAUGAACCACCAGUAAAAACAGAAUCUACAAAAAGAAAAGAGAAGAAAAAACAGGAUGCAAAACAAAAAAAGAAUGAAUCAUCAACAGUGAAAAAUGAAAAUAAUGAUAAAAUCCAAAAAGAAGAAAUCAUAUCAGAUGAAAAAAUUACUUCUAAACAAGAGAAUUUACAAGAGAGUAAAAAUACAAAAGAUAAAGAACUUGUUUCAGAAAUUAAUCAACCUGAAAUAAUUAAAGAUGAAUUGAAAAAUGAUUCGAAUCAAGAAACUAAAGAUACUGAACUAAAAGUAAUUGAUCAAGAAACUAAAGAAAUAGAACAAUCAGAUAAAAAUAAUUCAAAUGAUAAUUUAAUGAAAAAUAAUGAUUUAGAAAAAAUUUGUGUAUCAAAUUCUGACAGUACAAAUCAAAUAUCAAAUGAUGUAAAAUUGCCUGUAGACAAUAAUAAGACUGAGAAUAUUAUCAGCGAGAAAAUAGAAAAAAUUGAAAUUACAAAUGAAAUAGAUAAAUUAAGUGAAACAUUAAAGAAUACCGAAGUAAAUGAAAAAAAAUUAGAAACAAAUGAUGAGUGUCUUGAAAAUAAAUUGAUAAGUGAUACAAAUUAUCAGGAGGAAAAUAUUAAAGAGAAUUGUAGUGUUUCACAAAAUUCUCAACUUGAAUCUGAAAAAAUGGAAAAUCUUUGCGAAAUGACAGUUUUAUCUAAUUCAGAUAAUGUACAAAUUAAAUCUCCAACAUGUCCUAUGACAGCGAAAAAAGGAAAGGAAGCAAAGAGGAAGAAGAAGUGAAAAAAAUGAGAAAAAAUCUUCCAACUACUUCCCUUAAGAUCUAAGUAUUUUAACAAAAUAAAAAGAAGAGUAAUGUAAGUCUUAUAACGCAUCAAUGCGAAUUAAGAACACUGAUUUUCUUAACUUUUUCUAAACAGUGUUUUUUUUUUUAUUAUUGAUCGCAGGCAAAAUAGAUUUAAUAUUUUAAUUUAAUUGUUCUUAUGUUUUUCUUUCGUUUCCAUGUUUCAUAUAUUAAAAAUCGUUUAGCAUGUUUUUUUUUUAAAGAGAAAUAAUGUCUUGACGACAAAAAAAAAAAAAAAAAAAAAUAGUGAAUCUUGCCAGUUUUAUUUAUUACGAAUAAAAUAUCUUGUGUUGUUUUUUUAAUACACACAAGUAAAAAUAAUUUUUAUUCGAAUGUUAAAACAAAAAUUUCUUCUUCGUAUACGUAAUGUAUAUAAAUCUAAGUUUUGUGACAUAUUCAAGAUCUCUUGUAUUUAUUUUGUCAUCUUUUUUUUUGUGAAAAAACAUAUAUAUCUGCUGUUAUUUUCAAACUUAAUAAUUGUGUUUAAUAAAUUAUAAAUUUGUAUGUGAA